CUUUGAUGUCUGGAAUCCUUUCAUCUUUCUUUAUUCUUAUAUAGAGGUUUGGACUCAUUUCACAGCACUUGGAUCCUCCAUAAAACAGAACUGACUAUAAGCAGACAUGCCCCUCCUGCUUUUGUCUGCGAUUUCAUGGGCUGCUAGAAGUGCUGCAAAUGUCAUCAGAUCAAGUCUUAGAUUUGAUCAUCCUGAUUCAUCCACUGCCCACCAAACAAAAGAUGUGCCAUGUGACGUAGCUCCACCAGACUACUGUCCAACUAAUGGUGAGUUUGACCCCACACUCUUCAGCUACAUAAAACUUAGGUCACUGACUCAUUCUACAACCAAAGGGUUGGAGUUAGUCAGUGAAAAUCAGGGAAACAAAACAGAAAAUACUCACACAGAAUCAGGAAAAUCUAUUUUAUCUGGAGUUUGCACAAAACUCUCAUAUUUCUCUUCCCUACCAAGAGCUGCUGCUCUGUCUGUGGCUCAUGCAAUAAUUUACAUCACCAGGACAAUAAUCAAUAAUUCAUGCAGGGCAGUUGUGGCGAUGUUUAACAUGCUCCUGGCAACAAUUAGACGCUCUUUUUCUCGGUUUUGGGAAAGAAUUGCAGCUCUGAUUUCCAGAAUCAGAAUGGCUGCAAAACAACUGGUGACAACAAAAGUUGCUGUUACCUUUCGUGGAAGCAAGAUAGUAAUUCCACUUUUUAUUGUAAUCACAUUCACACCAAUUGCAAUUUUCCAUGCAAUACUUAACACUUUAGUAAAACUUGUACUUACUAACUUAAAAAAUGAACAGGCGAAAAAUGAAAAAUCUGAAAUUUUAAUUUCCCUGGCCUGUAACAAAAGGGCAAACUAUGAAAGUGUUGGAUGCUGGAUUUUCAAAGACAAGAAUCUGAUUUUUAGAUGCAUUAAGCCUCAAUAUCACCAAGCGAAAAGCUUAAAUUUGCUUGUUUGGUACCAUAUCAAAGGAAGACUUGUGGAAGUGGCUUGUAUCAAAGAUCAAAAGAAGCGCCGGGGAGUCGCUUACAUGUUUUUGUAAGAGACUCCCUGGAGAAAUCCAACAAACCAAACUUGCUGUAAACCCCCCAAAUUGGCUCAAUCUUAAUUAGGCUGUAAUGAUGUUAUUUAGGCUCUUAUCACACAAACAACAGUUAAAAAUGGUUUAUCUUACAGGUAAACUAACCCAACCAGUCGCGACAGAUGGCUGCCCCUCACUGAGUUUGGUUCUGUCAGAGGUUUCUUCCUGUUAAAAGGGAGUUUUUC